AGAGAAACAGUGAAGGUUUUCCUCUUCUCUUUUUUAGAGACGAUAAACUAAAGGGACUGCAUAAUUUAGAAUUUGGAGACAAACGGAAGGAUUUAGGAAAUAACCUCGUCACCUUAGCUUCGUGCUCUUGGUGUUUUUGUUAGGUAGCCUAACUUCCCUUCUCAGUGGAUAUGCAUCGGUCCCAUCUGUAGCAUUCUAUGGUGCCCUUAACUGCGCCUCGAGUUUAUGGACCCCCGCUCAAUGAUGACUAUGAGUUCAUUGUCGGACAGUCUGGUUUCCUCUGAUCCCUCAAAAUCGGCCUUUCUGGAGUUCGGACACGACUAUCCCGGCCACCAGCAGCACCCCCCCGGCUUAUCCCACAACAUCUAUCCAGUGCACGGCUUGCAUCCCGUCGGACCCUCGCCGCACGAUAGCUCCUUUUCUUCCAGCGCGUCAUCCUAUGGCCGCACGCUAGCCUACCCCUACCACAGCACUGUAAGCGCACACAACCCAAGUGCCUACCUGCCAUACCAGCACAGUAGCCACAACAACGGUCUGGGACGCACGAGAAUAGAGGAAACAGAGCUUGAGAAGCUAACCACGGUGAUCGAGAACGGAGAAAUUAGACUGAACGGAAAAGGGAAGAAGAUUCGAAAACCUCGGACCAUCUACUCAAGCUUACAACUGCAAGUGCUCAACCAGAGAUUCCAGCAAACCCAAUACCUUGCGCUACCUGAGCGAGCCGAUCUGGCAGCAAAAUUGGGACUAACUCAAACGCAGGUUAAGAUAUGGUUCCAGAACAAACGCUCCAAGUACAAGAAGAUCAUGAAGCUUGGCCCGGGCGGACCGGAGGGAGAACACCUGCACCCUGGGUCAUCUGGGUCUCCGUGUUCCCCCGGGAUGCCGCCACUUUGGGAAAUUUCCAUGGCAAAUAAGGGGACGCCUGCGCAAUCCGGUGGAUACAUGAACAAUUUCGGACACUGGUACCCAAGCCACCACCAGGAAUGUAUGCCGAGAACUCAAAUGAUGUGACGGGAUGUGGACAAUGGGAUGGAAUUAUAUCCACUCUCCUCAACUGACUUUACUCAAUCUCAACAUUUAGAUUCGUGUUUCGUCUCCUCUUGUACAUGAACCGCGUAGCAUAUCCCCUUUUAAAUGUAGCUCCAAGCCCCAGCUAUCACAUUAGAGUCUUCAUUUUUGAAACGGACGUUUAAAGGUCUUUUGCUUGAAUUUCAUCAGAGGUUUUGCCUACAAUUUCGUGGACAUGAAGAAAUGACUGCACGGAUUUUGCCUUGGAGGUUUAUGUGGAUCUGGAAUUUGAAUGCAGUUUAGUUUCAAAUAAAGCCUCAGUGGUCAACUAUG